UUUGAAAGUGGUGGAAAAUCUUAAAGUGUAGGCGUAACGAACCCUGUUACUUAACUACCCCUUUCAUUGAUUAAUGAUUAUAACUUCCAAAUAUCGCGUGAGCACUUACAAAGUUUAAUUAUGUCAAAUGAGGGUGAAAUGGCGACCCCAGAGUCCGAUAAAGAUGCUGAGGCAGUUCCAAAUUUACGCAGAAGAAAAUUUGUACAGUGUGCCCAGCAGAAGUUUGAACAAGCUUCAGAACUCUUGAAGAAGAAAAUACCCUGCGCUGGACAUUUUCUGGCCCCUAAGAGAUUAUGGCUAAAAAGAGUUUCUACUCCAAACUGUGAUGUUGUUGUUGUUUUCCCACCUGGUGCCCAGGAUUCUGUGUUGUUGUGGUUAUUAUCCAAACUCAGGCAAUCUCCAGGUUUAACCGUGCACGUUAGACACCAUGCAUCUACACAGAGUAGCGCUUUCUACCUCACUGCUCCUUUUCCAAUCCUUCUGAAAGCUGCAGAAGAAUAUCACCUCCCAAAAGCAUUGAAAGAAAGUAAAGGUGGUGGUUUGAAAGAGUUUUUUGUGCAAGAUUUCCUGUCUUACGAAGGUGCUCCCAAUGAAGACCCUUUUUUUACAACUGAAGAAAGGCAGUGGUUAGUUCUAAGGCUUCUCGAAAGCAUUAGAGCAAAAUGCAAUGACGUAAAUGUUGUUCCUGGGUUAACUCUAUUAGAAGGACAACCAAUUGUUCCAAAGUGUCUUACUUCCGGAAUUAUUUCCCAAGUUUUCCCGUUACAUGAACCUGCUGCUUUAGAUAAGUUGCAAAAUUCAUGGGUUCGGAAUGUUCUGGCUCGACAACCAUUAGAUGAGAUAACUGAAUACUUUGGAGUGAAAAUUGGAAUGUAUUUUGCUUGGCUAGGACACUAUACAACUGCUUUAAGUAUACCUGCUAUCUUUGGGUUUCUUUUUUGGAUAUGUUGCAACGGAAAACAUCAAACUUUAGAAGAUGUAGGAUAUGUACUGUUCUCGGUUUUCAAUGUGGUAUGGGUAACGACAUAUUUACAAGCUUGGAAGCGUUACUCAGCUGAGUUGGCUUUUCGAUGGGGUACUUUGGAUCAAAGAGACGACUUGUUAGCAGAACCAAGGCCUUUGUUUAGGUUGCCGCGACAUGUUAUAAUAUGUUCCCAGGGACCCUUGCAGCCUAGUCCUGUAACGGGACGUUUGGAACCGUACCAUCCUCCGUGGAAGAGGCAUGUGUUCCGUUACUGCAUUUCGGUGCCUGUCAUUGCAGUUUGUCUUUCCACCGUAUUCUUCAUCAUGAUAUUAAGUUUGCAGAUCCAGGAUUAUUGGGAUGGGGUUCUGAGAAAUCGAGGUUUACCUAUGUGGCUUGGUUACCUCCCAAAAAUAAUGUUGGCCGUCAUCAUAUCGUUGAUGGAUGAGGCUUAUUUUAAAAUCGCUAUUUGGCUGAACGAUAAAGAAAAUUACCGACUUGAGACCAAGUACGAAAAUCACCUCAUCGGGAAAGUCGCCUUGUUCCAAUUUGUCAAUUCUUUUCUCUCCUUAUUUUACAUUGCCUUUUACUUGCAAGAUCAAGCCCGACUGAAAGAGCAACUGGCCGCUUUGCUCAUAGCCAGGCAGGUUAUCGGCAAUUUGAAGGAGUCCGCCUUACCUUACAUGUUAGAACACAUGCGUCUGGCCAAAAUGAGUUUUGACAUGUGGGGAGCUUUGAGCCCUCUCAAUACUAAACCUCCUCCGGGAGAUUCAGAGGAUUUGAAUGAAUCACAGAGUACAGAAAUGAAAGAAACGGAGGGGUCGGAUCAAGCCAGCGCUAAGCGGACAAUGAGUCAGGCUGAGUUGGAGAGCACCCUUUACAAGUAUGACGGAACCUUCACUGACCACUUAGAAAUGACAAUACAACUCGGUUAUGUUAUACUAUUUUCGUCUGCCUUUCCUCCUGCAGCACUAUGCGCCAUGUUAAAUAAUUUGAUAGAAAUCAGGAGCGAUGCUUUCAAACUAGCGUAUGUCUGUCAGCGACCGUUUGGACAGAGAGUUCCAAAUAUUGGAACAUGGCAGAACUGUAUGGAAUGUAUGAGUAUCAUGGCUGUGUUAGUGAAUUGUGCCCUUAUAGGCCUAUCGGGACAAGUUCAUCGCAUGUUUCCGGACAUGACUGCCACACAAACGAUAUUGUUAAUUGUUGCUUUAGAGCAUAUCAUGCUUGUUAUUAGAUUUAUUAUAACCUGUGCCAUUCCUGACAUACCUGGUUGGCUGGCAACUGAAAUGGCCAAAAUCGAAUGGGCUCGAAGGGAGGCCAGUAGAAUCUCAAAUGCGACUCCAUCGCCAGAAGAGCUAACUGCAAAGCUUAUCGGACGGUUUUCUGUAUCGCCUAGUCAUAGUUUAGUCACCCAGAGUUCUAAAGAUGUUACAAAAUCCAACGAAAAACUGAAAGAACCUGAGUCGGAAUCUGUUACGGAACUUACACCUGUUACGACGCCCACUUCUGUGUCUAGCGGUUCCACUUCAAGCCACAAGAACUUGGGUAUCACUGUGAAUAGUAUUCAAGAGAUUCCACCAUUUCGACCUAGGAAGUCCAGAGAAUGGACACCAGCAGAGUCUGAGACUACUCACCAUUUGACCAUUGGCCCGAGCGGAGGGAUUGAAUGGGCUCGGAGACUUAAAGAAGAGACCGAUAUCCACAGAAGUACGGACUGUAUAACACAAAAGGAUUCGUCCAGCUCGGAUUCGGAUCUCUUAAAAAGCAGUCCUUUAUGGCCCCCAAGGCCCAGAACUCCACCAACUAAUAACAUUCCCGCGAGAGCGAGGGCCAUGAUACCCAUAGACCCGUCACUAAGUGAUAGCGCGAAAAGUGUAUCUAGUCAGGAAGCCGACGAGGCAGCAAGAGCUGCCGAGGAGUUAGCGGCAAAGAAAACUAGAGUGAAGCAAAGCCUUAUGAAAAGAGCUCGAUCUGUAGCGAUUUUCUCCCUUAAAUUGAAGGAAAGACGUGCGAGGGAAGCCCAAGAAAAAGCUAAAGCUCUAGCAGUAACUCCAACUGCCCCUUUGCCUCCACCUCAUCAGGGUGGCGAGUUAUCCUGCAUUCCCAUCGAAAAGCUCAUACAGCUGGAAGACCUGCGACGUGUACAAAAGCCUAAUAAUGGCCAAAGCCAGACCCUUUAAAUGCUACAAGGAAAUAGUUAUACCUUUCCUAAAAAUUUUUAUAUUUGUAGUGUAUGAAAAAUGAGGCUGAGUUAAAAAGUAAUUGUUAACAUUCUCCCAGAUUUAUACAUGUAUUAGCAUGUAAACAAUUAAUAUGGCAAGUUAAAAAAAAAUAUAUUAAAGCCGUUUUUAGUGUUGUGUAAGAAAAUGAUUUAUCGGAAUUUUUUCAGCAUUAUUAGUUUUACCGGUUAAAUGUACCUAUGCUUUUUCAUUUCUCCAUGUUUAUAAAAAUUCAUAUCGUUCCAUUUAAUAUAGGAAUUUAUAAUAUUUUAUAUAUGGGACGAUCCA